UUACGCUUGUAAAAAUUUGUUCUGUUAUUUCUUAAGCUAAAUAUUAAGUGUUAAAAUAGUGAUAAGUGACACAAAAUCAUCGAAGGAUUGUGUUCUCAAAACUACAAUUAAUAUAUCCCCCUUUACGGGUGUGUAUUUUUCAAUGAAAACGCACAGCGUCUAGUGCGUAUGAUGUCUACUUGACUGUAUCAAAUUAUUUUCAAAAUCGAAUCGUAGAUAUUUUAUUAUAGUGAAGUGUUUUUGUCAAAUUUGCAAAUAAGCUAUUAAAAACAAUAAGAAUGUCGAUUGUACCUAAUAGUUCAGCACUUAGGGCAUUAGCUCUAGAAUACAAAAGUCUACAAGAGGAACCAGUGGAGGGUUUUAGGGUAAAAUUAGUGGGUGAAGAAAAUUUAUUUGAAUGGGAAGUUGCGAUAUUUGGACCCCCUGAUACUUUGUACCAAGGAGGAUAUUUUAAGGCACAUAUGAAAUUUCCGCCAGACUAUCCAUAUUCACCUCCGUCCAUCCGGUUCUUAACAAAAGUUUGGCAUCCAAAUGUAUAUGAGAAUGGUGACCUCUGCAUUUCAAUUCUGCAUCCCCCAGUUGACGAUCCCCAAAGUGGCGAGUUGCCCUGCGAACGCUGGAACCCAACGCAGAAUGUGCGUACAAUUCUGCUUAGUGUCAUCUCACUACUGAACGAGCCCAAUACCUUCAGUCCAGCAAAUGUAGAUGCUAGCGUUAUGUAUAGACGUUGGCGUGAUUCCAAAGGGAAAGACAAGGAAUAUGAAAAUAUAAUCAGGAAACAAGCACAAGCUGCAAAAGUUGAAGCGGAAAAAGAAGGCAUUGUAGUUCCUCUAACAAGGGAAGACUAUUGUAUUAAAACAAAAGUUAAACCACCUCCACAAGAACCACAGUUGGAUAUGACAGACUUUUAUGAUGAUGAUUAUGAUCUGGAUACAGAAGAUGACCAGCUCUCUGAUGAAAGUGAUUAUGCAGAUGGUGAUGAUAGUGGAAAUGGUGAAUCGUGAAUAAGUGUAUUUAAAUACAAUUAUUUUUUCAUGAACAUAAUCAACAAACAAACUGUUCAGUUGUCAUGAAACAUUUCACUAAAGCUCAGAAUGCGAAAUGAGUAGAAUAUUUUACGAUGUACAUAGUGAUAGAAUUGAGUAAGAAACAAAGUAUAUAAAAAGUAUUUGUUCUGCGUUCAUAUUAAGCACAAAAUUUCCGAAGUUUCCGAAUUUUGAACAUUUAAUCUUAAUGUGAUUUUUGGCAGCUUAGAU